AUGAAACUGCACUGCUGUUUCCCGGGGCGGCCGCUACGGCCUCUGGGGUCACGAUUAACUGACAGAACCUCCAGAGCUCAUUUCCCCGAGGCAAGGCCAGGCACGCCGUCACGUGAUGGAACCGCCGUGGCACCGCCCCGUCUGCCCCGCACAGGAACCUGGGAAGGCGCCGACAUGGCGGACAGCGCGACGCUGGACGCGACCACAGUGCAAGUGCUGCAGGACCUGGCCAACCGCCUGCGCGUCCAUUCCAUCAGGGCUACGUGUGCCUCUGGCUCUGGCCACCCCACAUCGUGCUGUAGCGCGGCAGAGAUCGUGUCGGUGCUUUUCUUCCACACGAUGAGGUACAGACAGACUGAGCCAGCGCACCCCGACAACGACAGAUUCGUCCUUUCCAAAGGCCAUGCCGCUCCACUGCUCUAUGCUGCCUGGGCGGAGGCGGGCGGUGUCAGUGAACCCGACCUGCUGAACUUGAGGACAAUUCAUUGCGACCUCGAGGGACACCCAACCCCCAGGCUGUCGUUUGUGGAUGUGGCCACAGGAUCGCUUGGGCAAGGGUUGGGGGCUGCGUGUGGAAUGGCUUACACUGGCAAGUAUUUGGACAAAGCCAGCUACCGGGUAUUCUGCCUCCUGGGCGACGGUGAGUCCUCAGAAGGCUCCGUCUGGGAAGCUUUGGCCUUUGCUUCCCACUACUGUUUGGACAAUCUCGUGGCAGUGUUUGACGUCAACCGCUUGGGGCAAAGUGGCGUUGCACCCCUGAAGCACUGCACAGACAUCUAUCGGAAUCGCUGUGAGGCCUUUGGGUGGAAUACUUACUUAGUAGAUGGCCAUGAUGUGGAGGCGUUGUGCCAGGCCUUUUCUCAAGCUGCUCAAGGGAAGAACAAGCCCGCUGCCAUAAUUGCAAAGACCUUCAAGGGCAGGGGUAUUCCAAAUGUUGAGGAUGCAGAAAAUUGGCAUGGAAAGGCACUGCCAAAAGAAAGAGGAGAUGAAAUCAUUAGACUAAUUGAAAGUCAGAUACAGACCAACAGGAAUCUCCUACCAAAACCUCCUGUUGAAGGCUCACCUCCAGUCAGUAUCACAAAUAUAAAAAUGACCUGUUUGCCUGAUUAUAAAGUCGGUGACAGGGUAGCUACUCAGAAAGCAUAUGGUUUGGCUCUGGCUAAACUGGGCCUUGCAAAUGAAAGAGUUGUUGUCCUGGAUGGCGACCCAAAGAACUCCACCUUUUUUGAAAUAUUCAAGAAAGAACAUCCUGAGCGUUUUAUUGAGUGUUUUGCUGCGGAGCAAAACAUGGUGAGUGUGGCACUGGGCUGUGCCACACGUGGUCGAACCAUUACAUUUGUUACUACUUUAGCUGCCUUUUUGACUAGAGCAUUUGAUCAGAUCCGGAUGGGAGCCAUAUCUCAAACUAGUAUAAAUCUUAUUGGUUCUCACUCUGGGGUAUCUGUUGGUGAAGAUGGCCCUUCUCAGAUGGCCUUGGAAGAUCUAGCCAUGUUCCGGAGCAUUCCCAAUUGCACUGUUUUCCUCCCAAGUGAUGCUGUCUCGACAGAGCAUGCUGUUUAUCUGGCUGCCAAUACCAAAGGAAUGUGCUUCAUUCGGACCAGCCGAUCAGAAACUGCAGUUAUUUAUCCCCCACAAGAAAAUUUUGAGAUUGGAAGGGCCAAGGUCAUCCGCCACAGUAAUAAUGACAAAGUCACAGUAAUUGGAGCUGGAGCUACUCUGCAUGAAGCCUUAGCAGCUGCUGACGCUCUUUCUCAGCAAGAUAUUUCUAUCUGUGUUAUUGAUCCGUUUACCAUUAAACCCCUGGAUGCUGCCACCAUCAUCUCCUGUGCAAAAGCUACUGAUGGCCGGGUUGUCACAGUGGAAGAUCAUUACCAAGAAGGUGGCAUUGGCGAAGCCGUGUGUGCAGCAGUGUCUGGGGAGCCUGACAUCCGUGUUCAUCAGCUGUCGGUGUCAGGAGUGCCUGAAAGAAACAGGAAACCUAGUGAAUUACUGAGUAUGUUUGGUGUCAGUGCUAGACACAUCAUAGCAGCUGUGAAAUAUACUUUAAUGCACUAA